AACAAUUAAUUUAUUAUAUCUUCAAUUGUUUAACGACGCUUAAAAGUAUUUAUGACGGAAAAUGAAUUACACGAGAACAUGGAUCCCUACGAGAAUCCUGAUCUUCUACCGUUGGAGGAAUUAAAAUUAAAAAUCAAAACCGAAGGAAUCGUUGGACACGUUAACGCUUUGAACAAAAGAUGGGCAAGUGAUCGUUAUUUCUUGCAUUAUGAGGCUCCUGCUAUAUACGACGAUGAUGGAACUGAAAUUAUGGGGGCAAAAGAACACUGGAUGAAUAUUGUCAAUUAUAUUAUUAAUGAUUUAAAAUGGUUACUUAGUCUUCCUUAUUAUAGAUUCUGGUCAAACAUUUUAUUCAAUACGUCAAUCAUAGAUGUAUUGGUAUCUUUUUUACAAGAAGCUCCACCAUUUUAUGCUUUAGAAAGUUUUCCAAAUUGUCCUGAAAUGUUAAAACUCUUAGAGGCACUCCACCGUUAUGUUCUUAUGGUUUUCACAAGACUUGUAACAAACAAGGAGAGCGAAGAAGAACAUAUGAGCCGUCCAUUUCUUGGAAAUUUAUUGUAUGAGAACUACAUAUUUACGGUACCAAUUAUCUUAGAUCUCUGUCAACUUUACGGACGAGAAAACGAAAAAAUAAUCGGGAAACUUUUAAAUUGUUUAUUUACAUUAGAACCACGAUACAAUAUUGAUCUUCAAGGAGCUGUUCCUUGUUUCAUAGAGGCUCUUGAAAAUGUUGAAAGGAAGUUUGAUAAUUAUUCCACUGGAUAUACCAAUGAAGCAGUUUCAUUGUCAGAAAGAUACAGACCUACUCCAAAACUUACACUAUGUAAUUUAGAAGAUAUGACGUUAUAUGUGCUAGAUAUAUCAUCAACAAUCAGUAUAUUUUUAAAAAAUCAUCCUCCUGCAGUGAGUAUAUUUCACACAGAGGAUUUUAUGAAUAAAAUCGUUUCAAUAUAUGGGAAUACAAUACCUGAAAUGUAUAAAACGUUAGACAAACUUGCAUAUAAUGAAGAGAACAUGCCGAAAUACAUGGAAUUGAAACAUCGUUUGGAUGUAACAAGGAUCGAACUUCUAAACCUUUACCGCGUUAUUAUAUACGAGCCUGUAUUGAAUACCCAUGAAAAUUUAAACACAAUUUCGGAAGCAGAGAUAAAAGAACGAAUGGAUGACUAUAUCAACCUUUUAGCCAAUGCCAGUUCUGAAAAAGAAUUCAUUACAGAUUACGAUCGAUUUUAUCCCGUUCAACAAGAUUUAAUGAUGUUAUUAAAUAUUUGUCCUGAAUUUGAUAAAAUAAAGUAUGACUAUGUAUUACAAUCGGUGAACGUAGUUACUGGCAAAUCAAGUACUUCACCUGUUACUUUAUCUAAUAAUGUCAAUGAAGCAGUUGCUGGACCUAGUGGUGUUACAAGGCAAGCAAUCACAUCCAAUAAUACAAACUCAUCAAAUAAGAAAAAAAUGUCUAUAAAAGAGGAUUCUGUUAAAUUAGUAUCUCUUAUCUCGGAAGUUAAGGAUAUUUUAUGCAAUCUAGAUGAACGUUUUAUUGAGUUGUGUUUGGAUCAUUACGAUUAUAAUGCUGCAUCUGUGAUAAAUGCUGUAUUAGAAGAAACAUUACCACCUGAGUUGCAGAAAUUGAAAGAUUCAGAAGCUUCAAUAAAUAAUGCACUACCAAGUUACAUGGAGACUGUAAAUAAUGAUAACCUGAUUUCUAACAUUGAAAGCCUUAGUAUGUUUGAGGAUUAUAUCGAUGAUACCGUUCGCGUCAAAACUCGCGAAAUUGUUGAAGUACCAAAGGAUUAUAUAACUAAGAAUUUCAGCCUUGUCUUAGACGAUUACGAAGAUGAGUACGACGAUACGUACGACAAUCGUGAUAUACGCGGCAACGCACAAGACAAUUCCGUUGAAAUAGAUUCAAGACCGUUCACUACACCAAGAGUGCUUCUUGGAAAGAAGAAGGUAGAAACUGUAGAUGAAUCGGAAUCAGAGGACGAAGAGACGGCGGUAGAAAAUGGAAAAGAUCACUUUGUACAGAAUCCGGAAGAACUACGUGCUAGAGCUGAACAACGAAGGCAAGCAAUGCGAGGCGGAAAAUCUACACCAAAUGUAACUGGUAAACCAAAAGGGCGAGGGCAAGAGAAGAACGUCGUGCACAACAGGCAACAAAAGAAUGCCCAUAAAUCGACGCGAGCUAAUCAUAAUCGUCGUUCUGGUGCUCAGCACAAACGAAAUCAAGGAAUGAUUCCAUCUUAAAUCUACUUAUACUUUUACAAUAACAGUGUAAAUACUGCCAUGUGAUAAAUACAUUCGUACCCAUA